AUAAAACAAUGUUACAGAGGAAAAAGGUGUAAAAACGAGAUGUAUAAUAAUAAAUGUGUUUAUUUCAUUUUCUUAUUUUAUAACUAAGUUGGACUUUUGACGAAAAUAUGAGUUAGGGUGAAUGGGCGUGGCGGCUGCUGGUCACAGACCCUGGUAUCUGCAGGAGACUGGGAGAGAAAGAGAGAGAGGAGGAGGAGGAGGAGGAGGAGGAGGAACUACGGGUGGAAAAAAAGUUAAAGUAAAAAUGGCUUCCUUGUCUUUGGAGCCCACAGAACAAUCCGAAAACAGCCCAGAGGAGCCGACGGCCCCGGAGCCCAAAGCGGAGAAAGACGCGGUCCAAGUUGCGGAAGAACUGCUCCAAAGUUUCCAGAAGUCGGCUCUGAGUUUUUCCACGGACCAGGUCUCGUGUCUGUGCGAGGCCCUCCUGCAGGCGGGUAAUGUGGAUCGCCUGUGGAGGUUUCUCUCCACCAUACCUCCUUCGUCCGAGCUGCUACGUGGCAACGAGACUCUGCUGAAGGCCCAGGCUCUGGUGGCUUUCCACCGGGAGGAGUUCAAGGAGCUGUACGCCAUCCUGGAGAGCCACGACUUCCACGCGUCCAACCACGGCUUCCUGCAGGACCUGUACCUGAAAGCCCGCUACAAGGAGGCGGAGAGGUCCCGGGGCCGCAACCUGGGCGCAGUGGACAAGUACCGGCUGAGAAAGAAGUUCCCCUUACCCAAAACCAUUUGGGACGGAGAGGAGACGGUGUACUGCUUCAAGGAGAAGUCCCGGAACGCCCUGAAGGAUUGCUACAAGAACAACCGGUACCCCACACCGGACGAGAAGAAGAAUCUGGCCAAAGUAACCGGACUGUCCCUCACACAGGUCAGCAACUGGUUCAAGAACCGCAGGCAGAGGGACAGGACCCCGUCCGGCACCCACAGCAAAAGUGAGUCUGAUGGAAACCACAGCACCGAUGACGAGGUGAGCGCCAUGGACGACACCCCCGACAAACCGGAGGAGGCUGCUGUCUCCACAGCGUCCAUCAUCUCUCUCUCUGCAGUCCCCUGCAGCACGGGAGGCCAGCUCAUCCUCAAUGGCUCCAGUGGCUUCCUCACGCCCUCUCAGCCAUUGCUGCUCAAUGGGAAUUCCCUGAUCUCCAGCACCGGCGCUGGUGUCAUAAUUAACGGGCUGAGCUUGGGCGAUUGCCAGACAGUCACACUGAGUCCUGUUACAGCCAGCCCUCCUUUGAUACUGAACGGGGCUCAAGUCAUAACCAAAUCCAGUUUGGAUGUGCAGCAGCAACAUCACACGGCCUCUGUGGCAGAGCAGGUAUCUGCCAUGGAGACCAAAACAAGCAGUCUUCCAGUUCUCAGCACUAACACCACCCCAGUAUCAAACCAUCCAUCUGUCAUCUCGCUUCCUCUUCACACCAAGACAGUGAGUGGUCAUGAAAUCGAUUACAUCAAUGUGCAUGACUCAGAGGGCAGCAGCCAGACAGUAUCUUCCUCCUCCUCUUCAUCUUUAUCUCCCUCUUCACCAACUCUGUCCUCCCCAAGCAGUCUCCCUUCACUAGUCUUAACACAGAACCCCCAGGAGUCCCUCGCCCUCCCAGCCUCUAUGUCGUCUGCAGGCCUGGUCAUCUCCAGUGCUGCUGUGCCUUACUCCAGUCAGCCAAGGGAGAAGGUCAUUUUAUCCAGCACCCAGUUAAAUCCCUCUAUCUCUGUGGUGUCCUCCAACAGCGCCAUCCCUCAGGUCUUCUCUCUGCCCCAGGUUGUGCCUUCCAUCCAGGGUAUACCUGUCUCCCAGCUGGUCCAGCACUCUUCAGGAACCCAGUUGUCUCAGUGCCCUCAGUUGGUCCCAGUAUCACCCCUCACCUCAUCAGCCCCUUUGUUUCAAAGCCCCCUGACGGCGACCACAGGAAACAGACUGGUACAGCAUCAGCAGGAUGCUUCAACAACUCUGCCCGAAGGUGCCCGAAAUAUAGUCUCUGUCUCACAGCUUAACAACAAUCAGCUGCCACAGCAGAUCGCACACCAACUGGGCGACCAGAUCACAAACUCCACACCCCUCAAAAUCCAGGCCCCACAUGUCAUGUCCAUCUCCUCCCCAACACAAAUAGUCAAAGGCACCACAGCGACACAGUUAGUCCCGCUCUCCAUGCCUCAGCUGGUCCCUGUCUCCUCCAUCCAAGCCUCCCCCACAUUCUCUUUCCCCCAAGUGGUACCUACCUGUUCUUCUCUCUCUAUGCCCUCUGCUGGAGUGCCCCUACAGAUCCUGACUUCAGCCCCUGCUGCUGGGGCAAUGGCGCAGGGUCCUGUUAGGAUAAACCAGCUGAGGCCCAUUCAGAGCGUGGGUCCCCCAACCAGCAUGGCCCCAGGUGUGCAACUCCUCAACUCUGGGAUCAUCCAGCUGCCCUCUGCUGCUCCAGGUAACCUGCUCCUCGGUGGAAGCCCCUACCUGAGUGUCCAGCAAGGCAAGCUGAUUCUGACAAUCCCCGCAGGCAUUCAACUCACCAGCUUGCCCUUGAAACCAGUCGCAGAAGCUCCAACCAUCUCCACUAAUGUAUUGAGCCCCGCUCUCACCCCUUCCACCCCUCCUGUGUCCUCCCAGCCACUCACCACCUCAGGACAAACUCCCAGUGGCCUCACAUUAUCUCCUCUGAACUUCAUCAACUCCUCUCCUCCAUAUUACGCUCCAGAGACUGGGGCUGCAACCAGCCAGACACCUGCCGUUCCAUCCCCUCAUACUCUGGACCAUUCCGUCACCCCCACGCUGCCAAACACUCUCACCCCAGAGAGCAUGCUCACCCUCAGUCCCAUGUACAGUGGAAUCACACCCAACACCCUCUUGCCCCAGCCGGUGUGGAGUCCCGUGCCCCUCUCCACAUCAGCAAGUCUAACUCUGUUCGAUGUCCGCGGCAAGGGGGACCUACCCGUAGACCCGGCUCUGUUAGGCCUCCCUGGAGGAGAGUCGCUGCUUCUGGGAAGCCCCUCUCCGGAGCAGGACGUGGAAGUCGGCUCACCUCUCGGAAAUCCAGAGGAAAUGGAUGGGGACUCCAAGAUUCUUACUCAGCUCCAGUCUGUCCCUGUAGACGAUGAGCUUGGCUUGUGAAACCCCAUGCGGCACCAAAAAACGAUUCAACAUACAGAAGGUUACAGACCCCGCUGUUUGUGAUUUUAUUGAUCUGAAAUAUUUUAUUUCACAUUGUCUAACCCUCAAAGACACAAAUGUGUUUUACAGUAUACUGAGGUUCUCUCUCAGUGGGGCCCUGAUACCAUAGAGGUCUUUGCUGGCACUUCUGAGACAAACCCUCUGCAGCUCUGUGUCACAUGGAUGUGAAAUGGUGAUUAUAUUCAUCUGCUGGUUCAGACACACUUUUGUCUGCUUGACCCAGUUACAGGUCCUGGUGCAAAUAUCAUACAAAACAUCACAGCUCUGCAGAGUCUCUCCACUCUUCACUGCAGUUUUCUGAACUGCGUACAAAGUUCAGCUGUCCCUAGAAAAAAAGAUGCCUGGGGUUUUUUUCUGGCAGUGGAAGUAGUUCACUGAGGAUCCACCACACAAUACCUACACAGUUUACAGGACUCUCUGGCUGAGGGAUACGUCUUGAAAUACUUUCCUGACUGUUCAGGAGUUAGGUUUUCUUUUGUUGCUUGAAGCCUGAACACAUUGUUCUACCCACACUCCAGGAACUCGGUGAAGAUUUUAUUCCUCACAAGCAGACGUGAGUUGAGUUGGUUGAGCCUUAUGUAAAUCAGCCGAGAUAUGUUUUCCUCAACUAUUUCAUCCUCAAAGAUGAUACAAUGUUUUAUUCAUACUUGUUACUGAAGCCUAGGUUUAAAGGGGGAUUUUGGCAUUUUUCAACCUGGGUAUGAAAGGUCAACUACACUAACCAAUUAAAGUUUAAAAUUGUUAUUCUGGAUUUUUGCUCAACAUUACACAUGUACCGUUGCAACCGUGCCCCUGCCCGUACCUCCUCUCUUUUUAACCUCUUUGAUUGGUAGGAGCUGUUAGUCUGUAUACUCCAGAUCAAACACUAGCAACGGCCAUCAAAGUCAAAUGCUUCAUCGACAUUGCUCACGUCAGAAAAAGAUUCAGCCAUUAUAGUUUCUCUCAGUGAAAUCUAAUCUCCUCUCCCUUUCUCUCUCUCUCACUAAUGUUUCCAGUCCGUCUUCCUGCAACAACUCAAGUCUCACGAGACUUGACAGGGAGACCUCUCCUCAAGUGAGUCAUGUGUAAUGUUGCCAGAUUCUUAGCAAAGGCCCAGAAAAACAAUUUGAGCCCUUUAUUGGCUGAAAAAAAUACUUUUAGUGGAUAUUUCCUAGACUUUAACAGUUGCCCCAUUAGAUUACAUUGUGGCCACUCCCGCCAGGCUGCAGGCAGACACAAUCUACUGCACCAAAUUUAUGGUUUUUGUAAGUAUCAUUUAUUUACACACCCACAUUUACAAACAUAGUUUGAAUAUAUGCACCACAUGUUUGAAAAACAUGUUUGAAAAAUACAGGAACUCCCCUUUACACAUGCAAGCCUACUUCCAUUUUAUCAGUAAACCGUUUUAAAUGACUAAAUGCAGUUUUCCACUGAGGACGCUGCUCUGCAUUAGUAAAAAAUAUGCCACAGGAAAUAAAAGGGUUGAUACUCUAUGCAAUGCAAGUUUAGUACUUUAUAGGACACUAAGUGACACAGUGGCUGAGUCAAAAGGUUGGUGCUCUUGGGAGGUGAAAAGGAGCUUUGAAAUACUGAGCUUUUAUAAGAAGCAUUACACUAAAAGGUUUGCUGUGACCCCACUAAGUGACACUUGUUGUCACGUGCAUCCAAAAUCUGUUGAUAUUGACAAGUGCCUUAUUUUAAAGCUUUGUGGUUUUAAAAAAAAAAAAUUGACGUCCAUUUCUGUAACAGUUUGAUCUGUAGUGAAAUCCUAAUGUGACAGUUUUGGUUGUACAGUCAAACCUGUCUCCUCUUCUUUUUGUAUAUUUUGCACAUUUCAUUCACACAAUGUUUACGCUGGGUUGCCAUGAUGUUAUGACAGUGGUGCAAAUCAUAGUCAGCUUGGAAAUGCCCUUUUUUCUUUUUAAAUGGAAAAUUGUAAUCUCUAAUUCCAAGAACAGGUCAAUCAGAAAACGGAUCAGUGAAAUCUGUUGUAAACGUAUGGAAUUGCUCCAGUUUAAACCUGUCUGAGAUUCCAACUGUCAUAACACAGGUAGCAGUCAAAUCUUUGGCCAAUUAAGGUACACAAAAAUAUACUUCAGUGUUGCAUCUAGUUACAGGAAUGGCUUAUGUGUUGUUGUUUUUUUAUUAUUGGUAUGUCUGUUGUUUGUCUCUUUUGUACAUUUAAUCUAUUUAAAGCAUGUAUCAAUCUGUUUUUUAGUUUUAAAGAAAGAAAAGGAGUCAUUGGGGAAAAUGAUAGGAAAUGAUAUUCAUUUUCACUCGGAACGUCACAUUGUUGUGCAAACUGAGGUUUCACAAUCUCAGACUACAGGUAUUGAUUUUGAGGUCAUUAUGAAAUGGGUUACCCCCCCCCCCUCUAGUUAUAAAUUUGAAAGUUGUUUGUUAGAUAGUGAAAUGGCAUGGACAAAUCAAUUUUAGUGUGAAUUUUAUUAAUCAUUUAUAUCAGUUAAGGAUAAAGGGAAAUGUGCUCUUCAUUUAUGAAAAGAUUGUAGCUUGCAUUUGGUUAUUUGAGCCAUUUCUUGCCAAAGUAUGUCAGUAAAAGCCAGUGAGGGCACAUGCACAUCUGUGGCCCUGUGUGUUUGUAGCGUGGCAUUCGUUUUGUACUCUCCUUCCUGUCACAUCACGUUUAUGACUCCAGAUGUAACCAAAGAUAUUGUAUGUUGAUUGACUUUUUUUUAAAGUUAAGAAAGGGAUCAUGUGUCUGUCGUUCAAGGGUUUUGUUUUCUCCUAAUUUGUUUUGUAUUCAAAUGCAUUCUAUUUUUUAUAUUAUACGAUAUUGUAAUAAACAACAUUU